CCUGAAGGCUGGCGCAUGACGUCACCACGCACCGUUUCCAAACAAUAAUCGAGGAAAAGCCACGUUGACGUUCCAGACUCAAGUGAGCUCCAGAAUCAAGCUGAAAGAUUUCAGUCGCGUCCCGACGCUCCGGCUCCCUCACCUCGCCUCAGAGUCCCGCUCGGAGCUGACAUGUCGUCACCGCCGAAGGAGAAGGUGGAAACCAAAGGAGGACACCCCCCCGCAGUGAAGGCAGGAGGGAUGAGGAUAGUGCAGAAGCACCAGGUAGCUGCCGUCCCAGAACCACUGCCGAAAGAAGACGACGACGAGGAGUACGUCAGCAGCAGUCCACCAAAGGCUCCUGUGAUCGUGUCUGGAGUGGUUACAAAGGGUGAUAAGGACUUCACCCCAGUUGCUGCCCAGGUGGCCCACCAGAAGCCCCAGCCUUGUGUUCCCAAGCUGUCCUCUGUCCAGCAAAUCAACCAGCACAUCCACCAGCCCCGCAAGUGAGCCAGGCACCAGACUAGAAUGGCUCCGCUAACUCCACCAGCCGGCCUUCCCAACGAAACACAGAGGAUGAAGAGGUUUCCCCACUCGGCACAGAUCUCCCCCAAAAUAAUUGAAGUAAUUUUUGUGACCCUGAUGCUAAAAUGGCCAUUGUAGGAGGCCCACUCUUUACACCCUUGCUGCAGUGGUGCAACUAAGUGCUGCAAUUUUGGAUCCAUUCCUUAAGAGAGGUUGUAAUAACAGUUGUACAGUCUUAAUAUGGUAUAAAUGGGCUGAGGGUUUUCUUAAAUGGCUAUUUUAAUUGGAUUUAAUUGCUGAGAAACUGGUCUUAGAUCUGAGUCUCUGGGGGGAACUCUUACUCCACCGAUGUGCUGACCGAUACCACGUCACUGCAACCAGCCAAUUACGACAUAUCUGUCAAUCAGGCCCACUAGCCAACCAAUCACCUCCCAGUGAUGAGCCCAGGCUCCAGCCUUCUACCAACGAGCUUCACAGACCAAAAGAACCAAUCGACUAAUCCAAGAGGUGGACAAAGGUCUUACACGAUCGCCACAAACCAAAACCACAGAGAGCACCUAUCUAAAUUGCAAGAAUCAGUUCGAUGCAAGUGUAUCACUGAGACCGUUGCCAAAGUGCAUGUGCACAGCCUGGACCAGAGGAAGUAAAAGUAGAGUGUUACAUGAGAGCACUAACCCGUCAUUAGCCCAAAUACUGAGGUUACCAUCGACUGACAAGCAUUCCUUAUGAUGCCUUCCCCCAUAUCCCCAGAAGAAAUAUCCAUCAAAAUUAGAUAUGACUCAUCAGAGUUUUGAAAUAUAUCCACACUAGAGAAGAAACAGAUUUUACAGAUGUCAAGUAAUAACAAAUGAGAUGACCCAUUUUUCUGUAAUGAUGGCCAUCAUUACCCAGGAUGUUACCUGAUGCAUGUCCUUAAUGUUGUGACUCAAUAUGGCUA